AUGCGCCAGGUAGAAUUCAACAUCCUCGUUGUCCAGAUCGCUUUGGCCGCCUUCUUCGUGCAUUGGUUCCGGAAGCCUUUGAGCCGAUGGAUCACAGCAAAGUACGAACGUCUCAGAGUUGCCUAUGAGAAGGUGAGCCAACGGCGACAAAAGCAAGCUGGAAGCGAGGACAACUUGUGCUCCUUACGUUCUUCGCAUGCGACUUCCGCUUCACCUCCGGAGCAUCGCGAAGGCCCACGUCGAGCUGGACCGAAUGCGCAAGCGAAAGUUCUGGAAAAGCUGAAGGUAUUGUCAACGCAGCAGCUGCUAGAAGCUGUUAUUUCGUCUGAUUCAAGCAGCGGCGCUGAGGACGAGCAUGGCGUUGCGCCGGAGCCCCUUGAACCUGAUCGCUGUUCUCCUGGAGGUGCGGACGAGCCUGCAGCAAGCUCAGGCAGCUCGAAGCCGUUGUUGUCCAGGAGCAUGGAGGUGUCCAUUUGCGCAGACGUUCGACCGGGAAAGGUCGAUCAAGGGAUCCUGGACGCUGUGGCUCUAGCAUCCUCAGAGCUGAACUUCGACGUGUGGGACGUCGUGUCAAAGAAGAACGGCCUGAAAGUGUCCGCGUGCUUGCGAUGGACCGGCUGCAACUGGGAGGCUCUGGGCCUGGCGCUGCUCCGUCUGGAGCAGCAGCUGCUGCAGGUAGUAUAUAUCGGCGUUGUGCCGACCGGCCGGCGACAGCACAUCGGACGAGCCCUGGUGAAAUCCAUCAGGCAGGUUGCCAAGCGAAAUCCCACUUGUGUUUGCAUCGUGGCCGUGCUUCCAAGAAUCCACUCCGUAGAGGCAACGGACUUUUUUGAGGCCCUCGGCUUCAAGAGGAGUGCAGGGAAUCAGGGUGACCAGGCAUGCUUCAGACUCGAUGUCCGAAAGUUGAGCAAAAGUCAGCGUAAGCUCCUGGAAAGGCCUGAAGUCCUCACCUUGUCACCAGGUCGUCUUGUAGUUUGGGAACAGCUCUUGGCAGAGGUGAGUCGAAUGUUGAAUGCAAAGUAUUUCCGGACAUCCAGAAACUCUGCGAACAGCGGAGAUCGAGCUGACAAGGCCCUGAACAAGCUGGGGAGUGACGCUCGUGUCAUUGUCAUCGGCGACGUACAUGGUUGCGCACAUGAGCUUGUGAAGCUUCUGGACAAGUGUGAGUAUUCCCCAGGCAAUGGCGACGUGGUCAUCCUGCUUGGCGAUCUGGUGAACAAAGGACCUCAUUCUAGAGAAGUUGUCCGCCUGGCACGGGAGAAAGGUCUACAUGCCAUUGCUGGCAAUCACGAGUUCAUUGCGCUACAAAAGUUGAAUUCAUGGAAAGCGAGUGGUACCAUCCCCGAACCCGACGAGCAUGGAAGCUGGGAGUGGUUGCCACUGCUGACUGAGGCUGACGUGGACUUCAUCCGGAAGUUGCCGUUUACAGUUCGAUUGCCAGAUCAUGCCGACCUGCUCUUGGUGCAUGCCGGAUUGGUGCCUGGCAGACCGCUGGAGGAGCAGUCUUUGGAAGAUAUGGUAAUGUUACGGAAUUUGGUAAAAGCCGGGUCGGAGACCAAGAUCUAUCAAGCCGUGCACGAUGUCCGAGCUGGUGAACCGUGGGCUGCAGCUUGGAGCUCCUGGGUUGCUGGCAGCCCGAUGAGUGACAGUGACAUGCCGAAAAUGGUAAUGUUCGGGCAUGAUGCACCACGUGGUUUCCAACGGUACCCGCACGCAAUCGGAUUGGACACCAACUGUUGCAACGGAGGAAGUCUUUCAGCCAUGGUUCUUCCAGCACAACUAGUGCAGGUGCCGGCCACAGGCAGGCUGAUCGAGACAGACAGCGGUGCACGUCACUGGCGUGCAAAUUCAACACGCGAACAAGCUGGAAAAGGAUGA